GAAGGCACGAGCGGCAUGAGGUAAUUUUGAGAAAACAUUAUUGUGGUGUGAUGUGUGGAAUGUAAUUCCGUGAAGAAUAAAGCCUCAAACUCUUGUAUUCGAUGGAAUAUCCACAAGAACAUGCUGCUUUGUGACGCUAAUCAAACUAACGAUCACAGAGAAUUUAUGCUUUAUGUCAUGUCAUAGAGAUCACAUAGACAUAGAUUACAUAUUAUUUUUCUAACAUUGGAGGGCAACAAUUUCUUUUACUAUAUCAAAAACCUUUGGUGCUACCAUGAGCUGCUUUUGCAAAAAUGACGCCAAUAUUGUGGCUGUUAUUUUUGACUUAGAUGGCACACUUUUGGAUACUGAAAGGGCUACAAGGGGUGUAUUGAGUGAGUUUUUGGGAAAGUAUGGAAAGGAACUUAAUAGAGAAAGGGAAGAAAACAAGAGGCUAGGGUUGACACAGAAGGAAUCAACAGCUUUUAUUGUUAGGGACUAUCAACUUCCAUUAACACCUGAUCAAUUUAUCAAAGAAAUCAAUCCUCUCUAUAUUGAAAGGUGGAGAGAUGCCAAAGCAUUGCCUGGUGCUAAUCGAAUUAUCAAACAUCUCGCGAAAAAUGGUGUGCCAAUGGCUCUUGCUUCAAACUCCUCGACAGAAUACAUAUAUGCAAAAAUUUCUCAUCAUAAAGGUUGGAAAGAAAGCUUCUCGGUAAUUCUAGGAAACGACCAGGUUAAAUUUGGGAAGCCUGCUCCAGAUUUAUUCGAAGAAACUGCCAAGAGAAUGGGUGUACCUGCAGUUAACUGCCUUGUGAUUGAGGAUUCCUUGGUUGGUGUCAAGGCAGCUACAGCUGCAAAAACGAAGGUAGUCGCUGUACCGUCUCGAGGCGAAUCGGAUUGUUGUAAACUGGCAAAUAUUACUCUUAAUUCACUUUUAGAGUUUCAACCUGAACUAUGGGGCCUUCCACCUUUUGAUGAUUGGGUAAAUAACACAUUGCCUAUUGAGCCAAUUCAUCUGAGUGGUCUGUAUUCUACUGGAUCUCUCUUUGGAACCACAGAGAAUGCAACAUUUGCUAUUCCUGAUCAAGUUGUUGGGAUUUACUUUGGUUGGGCCAAAGUUGAUUCAGAUAGGAAGUUUAAGAUAUUGGUUAGCAUUAAUUUGGACUUCUCCAGUGUUACCUACAAAAAAAUAGAUGUUUGGCUUAUUGAUGCAAACACUGACCUUACAUCUGAGCAGAAGAUGCAAAUCUGUCUUGUUGGCUACAUAAGAUCUUGGGAUAACAAGAAACUUGGGUCAAUGGAAAUGGAUAAACUUGAAGAAUACAAGUCCAUUGCUAGAGCUUCACUAGAAAAGGCUUUGCAUGGAGGAGACAAUCAAGUGGCCUAAUUACAAUUAGGAAGAUGGAAUAAUGAUGAUUUUUUUUUUUGCACCUUUCAUUCAUAAUAAAAUGAAAUUAAUUGUAUAAAGUGAAAUAUCCAUGACAAUGACAUGAUUUAUUAGGCAAUGCCUGCAAUAGUUGGUAAAAUAUUGCCAAAAAAUUGAUGAUUUUGCAAUCAAUUGUUUUUCAUCA